AUGAUGCCUGCUGAUCCUUACUCGCUCGAAUCCCUGCGUGAGGCAGAGGAAACCUUCCGACGUUGCGAACAGGGUCGCAUCGCUCUUCCAGAAGUAAAGCAGCGCACUCCAACACGCGAUGCUCCCUACCAACAACACCGUCUCGAUCCAUGGGUUGGCUUUGACAAGUCCAGAACCCUUCCCAUUCCACCAGACGUAUUCACUGGAAUCAAGAGUGCCAGUCCGACAGCAACACAGUCCCUGUUUCCAGCCAUACGUAGAGCCUGCAUCACGGUCGACAACAAGGUCUAUCUCUGGUCUUACCUCGAAGGUCAAGCUGCUUUCGAAUUCUACUGUGUUCCCGACGAUCAGGUCGUCAUUGCUGCUAGCGUACUGCCAGUAAGAUCUGGCGUAUUUGCCGAUAUAGUCACUCAUGUGCUUGUACUUAGCAUCGGAACAUCUGUGCGCGAGGGAAAGUACAUCAAAGUGCUCGGGCUCUCCUAUACGCAGAAUGGGGAUCACUCCAAAGUCGAGGUUCUCGAAGCAGGCAUGAGCGCCAACACCAACGGCGUCAUUCUUGACAACAUCACUGGCACCGAUACCGGACGCAUCUUUGCUACCGGCUCCGACCACUGCCUCUACGAGCUCGUCUACCAGAGGAACGAGGGCUGGUUCACCAGUAAGUGCUACUUGCGCAACAUCACCAACCCACGCCUCUCGAAUCUCUUGCCAACAUUUGUAAAAGCCGACAAAAAGCUCCUCUACAUUACGGUGGACAAUGCUCGGCAGCUUGUGUAUACGCUUCGCCAAGGUGACUUGAUUGAGGUCUUCAGCCUGUCAUCCAAAGAUCCCUCCUCAGCACCGGAAAGGCGCGGUCAGACCGUGGGUACCUCUGGACAGCAAGGUACACCCCAUGCUCGCUAUGACGUAGGCUCCAUCGUGUGGAUUGGACCUGUAGAACGCGAGGCUCGCUUCAACGUCGUUCUGCUCGCGGUCACCGAUCGCGGCUACCGCAUCUUCCUCGACAACUUCCAAGGGCGUUCCGAGCCUGCCAUCACGGUUCGUGCUCCACCCGCUCUGCAGCAGCCUCCUGGUGUCGCUUCUUCUGCGAACCCUGCCGGCUACUCGCAACAACAGGGUCCACAGCAGCAACAGUCACUCGUACAGCAGCAAACCAUCACCAGAGCCGUUUCCUCUGUCUUCUAUGCGGGCGAUGUCUUCAUGAUGGGCUUCAACUACAACAACCUUCCGUGUCAAAUCUGCUGCAUCACGCCAUCACUCAAUGCGAAUACCACCACCACCGGUCCUGUCGAGAAGGCUACGUUCAUCGACCUGGAAUUGACUCUGAGCACGCCCAUAUUUGCCGAAGCUCCGCCCAGUCGCAAACCCACGCAGAUCACCGACAACGGUGAACUGGUACGAGCUACUUAUGCUCAGAACCUUCGACCGCCUCGCAGCUUCCUUGUGCUCGACAACAACGGUCUCACCGAGCUGGUCGAGCGUCGUCCUGUCGACACGCUGCGUGGUUUGCUUGAGUCCGGUACGCCCGUCAACAGCGCUGCCAUGAUGCAGUUCUUUGGCUCUUUCGGCUCGAUAGAGGCUUGCGAGACCGCUCUCGCUAUUGUGGCUCACAACUCGCAGGUGGCUGCUCCCCGUGUCACCAUCGGCUCUUCCGCCGGAGUCGCCGCAGGUGUUGCCCAAACCGUCUCGGAAGAGGUUGUCGCGCUCGCAUCUCGAGUCUUCUUUAGCCAGUACGGCUCGUGGCCUGCCGACACAACCGUCUCGGCCGCUCUAUCUACCCCAAGGACGUCGCGCCAUGACGGUCUAGCGCUCUACAUUGGCUGCAUUCUCAAGCGUGUCUGGGAUCGCGCUAUCAUGCCUGCUGAGCCCGUCAAAUCAGGAACCAAGCCAGCUGCACCUGCAGCCUCUAGCAGCGCUCUCACCACUUACCGCGCUGCCGGCAUAGCGGGGAGCACGUCGACUGGUCCUAAGCUACCGCUCCGAAAGGAAGACCUGGAAGAGACGCUUCAAGAUCUGGUUCCGCUCCACGAUUUUAUGCAGCAGAGCGCAAAGUUGUUUGGUGUUGGCGGCUCGUCGGCGGCGAAUCGGAGCUUUGUCAAUGGCGUCGGUUACGACCAGGAGCGAGCGGCCAAGCUAGACCAGGAGAGCUUCAGCAGACUCAAAGCGCUCGUGUCGAGGGCAACGGAGGCUACCAACUUUAUGCUCUUCCUUAUCGACCAUGGUUUGAAGGCUCUGUUGGAUGCAUGCUCUGCCGAAGCCAAGGAUGUGAUCGUGAAUUUGCGUUUCGGCGAGCUGAUCACGUCGGAACAAGGUAAACGUGCCUCUAAGGAGCUCGUCACCGCGCUGAUCGAGGCACGCAUCGGAGCGCAGGUCAGCAUUGAUGCCGUGGCCGACGCUUUGCAGGCUCGAUGCGGAAGCUUCUGCUCCGCUGACGAUGUUCGACAGUACAAGGCUACCGAAUGCAUCCGUCGAGCCAAAGAGGCGCGCGCCGAACAGGACAAGAUGGACAACCUACGUAUGAGCCAAAAGCUGCUUGCCAAGGGCGCAAGUCAGUUGUCGUUGGAAAAGCUGCGCGGUGUCUGUCAAGACUAUGGAUCGCUCGGUUACGCGACUGGUGCGAUCGAACUGGCUCUUCAGUGUGCUGCGGAAUGGGAUCCUUCUGGCAUUGCUGCUUGUUAUCUGGCCGAAGGUAGCCCGGAAGGGUCUGAGCACCGAGCGCGUCGCGAAGUGGCGGAUCGACUCAAGCAGGCGUACCAGCUAGUGUUUGACACGCUGCAAGAGCUCGAUGAGCGUCUCGAUGCUGCGUACAACGUUGGAGCUGAUGAAGCGCAGGUGCGACUAGCGAUCAACACGAGCGAUAAGGCACGCACCGAGGCGUAUGCGCGUGCGGAAGCUUGGCAGGAUGCGCUCUUCCACGAAUGCAUGUACGAGUGGCUGAUAGAACGCAAGAUGACGGAUCAGCUGCUUUCGAUGCGGACACCUUAUCUGGAGCAGUUUCUCGUCAAACGACCCACUGGCGUCAAGGCACACGAUGCUGCGUUUCUGCGAACGUUGCGAAACUUGCUCUGGCAGUUGUACGUGCGUCACGGCGAAUAUUUUGCAGCUGCCCAAGUUUUGGAUGCGUUGGCGCACUCGAAGGAGUUUGCACUGGAUCUGCGCGAUCGGAUCGAGUACCUAGCUCUAGCAGUGGGCAACGCCAAGUCGGUUUCACCAUCGCACGUUGAGGCGAACGAGGUGGUGACAUUCCUCUCGCAGGCCGAAGACUCGCUGGAAGUAGCGCAGAUUCAAGCGCGAGUUCUGCAGGCGCUGCAACAGGUCGGACCGGACGAGCUGGAUGCGGAACGAUGUGCGCUGCUCGCCGAUUCGAUCGAGUGGCUCGACGAGGAGCUUCUGGAUCUUUCGACGCUCUACAAGAAGCUAGCCGAGCCAUUUGAGCUACUGGAAGAGCAGCUGGCGAUGAUUGCGUCUGCCGAGCUGCACGAUGUGGCGUUGGUGUCGGAGCUGUGGAUUGGGUUGAUAUGCAAGCAGCACGCCAGCAGUCGCGACGAGGACGCGUACAAGGCGAUCUCGGCGCUGACCGUGCAACUCUUCACGCGGCUGGAUCGGAGUGAGGUGGCGUGUCCGAUGGACAACGUGUUUGACUUGCUCUUGAGGUACGCAUACGAGCAGAUGCGUCCGGAGGGCGAGGUGCGCGACGAGAGUGUUCCUGCUGGCUUCGCAAGGCGAGUUGGCAACCAAGAUCACACGCGAUCCACGCUCGACAUCCCGCAAGGUUGGGCGAGUGAAACAAUGCUUCGGGCGACCGGUGCGCCCGAGCUGAUUCUCGACAUCCUCGAGUCCGCGCUGGCCACCAGGCCGCAACCGUGGAACAGUGUGCGCGGACAUACGUUCCUCUACGCCGAAGUCGCCGAAUUCGCCCGCACAUGGAUUCAGCUCUCCACCACAUCGCCCCUCGCAUCUUCAGCCGCUAGACGUGACUUGGGCUUCGCCACCCAUCUCGCCCCACUCACCACGGUCCAAGUGCACAGACUUUCCGCUCUGCUCAAUUCCAUCAUCCAACAUUCCUCCGCCGCCGCCUCCGCCCGCAGCGCGUUGGAUCUCCUCAAGCUCUAUUACUAG